UCUGGCUCUGGCUCUUCCUCCUCUCCCUCUCCCACUUCAACCGAUUAGUAAACAACCAAGUGAACCAGAAACAAGUCAUCAGUCGUUUGUUGUUGACCCAUUUCCCUCUUCUGACUACUUCCCUUCCACUUCUGUCCAAAAAACUCAAUCAAUCACCUCAGUCUUCAAAAAAUCACUACAGCAAUGGCUAGCCGAGAAGACUCAGUUUACAUGGCCAAGUUGGCCGAGCAGGCCGAGCGAUAUGAUGAGAUGGUCACCUACAUGAAGGAUGUGGCAAAGCUCGAUCAAGAAUUGACGAUCGAAGAACGCAACUUGCUCUCAGUUGCUUACAAGAACGUCAUUGGUGCCCGUCGUGCUAGCUGGAGAAUCGUCAGCUCGAUCGAGCAGAAAGAAGAGGCCAAAGGCAACGAGGCCCAGAUCGGCCAAAUCAAGGCUUAUCGUGACAAGAUCGAGGCCGAGCUCGGUAAGAUUUGCGAAGACAUCCUAGAAGUCCUCGACAGCCACCUCAUCAAAUCGGCCGAGUCGGGUGAGAGCAAGGUAUUCUACCACAAAAUGAAAGGUGACUACCACCGUUACCUCGCUGAGUUCGCAACUGGUGAAAAGCGCACUGCCUCCUCCGAUGCUUCCCUCGAGGCCUACAAAGCUGCAUCAUCCAUCGCUACCGUCGAACUCGCCCCUACUCACCCCAUCCGCCUCGGACUUGCCCUCAACUUCAGCGUGUUCUACUAUGAGAUCCUCAACGCGCCUGAUAAAGCUUGUCAGCUUGCCAAGCAAGCGUUCGAUGAUGCUAUUGCUGAGCUCGACACGCUAAGCGAGGAGAGCUACAAGGACUCCACCCUGAUCAUGCAGUUACUCAGGGAUAACUUGACACUCUGGACCUCCGACUUGAACGACAGCGUACCUGAUGACAAGGAAGAAAAGGCUGCGGAGCCCGCUGCGGCUGCUGAGGGAGCUGCUGAACCUGCUGUUGAAGCAUGAUUUAAUCUUUCUUUAAUUCAACUAAAGCAAGAGCACUUCCACCACAACCUCUCAUCCUGUUCUCACACCCACCCCAUAAAAUCACAAAUGUUUUUCCAACCUCCUCUCUCUUUGCCCGUUUGAAUUAUUUACCUCGCGUGAACAAAAACUUUUUCCCUUUAUUUUUUUUGUUUCUUUCCCCCUCCCCCUUCCACACCUGAACCCCCCAUUGUGCCUUUUCUCAAUUGAUAUUUGUUUCUUCUUCUAAGUUAGUUUCAAGUAUGCAAGCUUCUUAUAUUUUUUUUGAUGUCCCCUGUUGUGUUGUCUCCAAACAAACAAACACACAAACAAACUACACAAAUAAAGAUUUAGUUUAGUUGGCUCACUCCACCAAGCUCACCCCCCAUAGUAUUUUCUUCUUUUCCUUCUGCUUCCUUCUGUUGAAUUGGCUGUUCUUCCUUGAAACUUACUUUUUCAAACAACCAUCCCA